GCCUAGGUAUCGUAUUCUUAGAAGGAAUCCCCACGCCGUUCUAAACUGAGGAUCCCCCUGUAAUCCCCGGGUCUUUUGAGGAGUUGUAUGUUUCGAUUUGCGAUGGGUAGCAUCGAACAAACUUAUAUACCGAAGUUACCAUACCCUUACUUUGCUUAAAUACUACAUAAGUUUGCUACGACGCUGGGAAAGAAUAUGCAUAUGCAUCCAAGACGUCGUUGGUUAAUAAGCCUUGGGUCUUAUAGACAUUCAAUAUGAGCAGCACAACUACCACCACCACCGGCAGCGGUAUAAGAAACUCGAUGCUGAAGCAUUGGAGGAAUAGCAGCAUAUCCCUUAGCCGCAGCGGAAGCAAGAGAGACAAAGAUAAUAAAGCUGCAAAAAGACAAUCAGUUCAUACCUCCGUCAGUGCCGUCCCAACCGCAGCCACCGCCACCGCCAAGUCUCCCGAGACCAAAGUGGAGACCCCAUCUAUUCAAGAUCGUCAAAAGCAAACCGACAACGCCGGCGAGAUGGCGAAGGCAGUCAUCAGUCUCCAUGUAACAGUGCACAUCGCACCGGAGAACGUGCAGCGAUUCUUGGCUGCGUUCAAGGGUAUCUUUGACCUUGUGGCGGCAGAGCCCGAAUGUUUAUUUUUCGAAGUAUAUACAUCGGCGGAAGAGCCGGGCAAAAUAAGUUGGGUUGAAAAUUGGUCCAAGGAUACACAAUGGCUCAUGGAGAAUCAAAUUACCAAGCCUUACUACAAGGAAUAUUUCGAAUUGACCGAGCCGAUGUUCCUCAAGCCCAGAGACGUCAAAUUCUUACAACCUGUUGGACCCGAGCUCUCGAUGUUUAAGGGGAUUCAAUCUGCGCGAUGAGGUCGGGUUAAUUGAUUGCGUUAAUAAUUUUCUAUCGAGCAGUAAUGUGCCAUAAUAUGAGGUUUACGUCUGAACGAUGGGUCAAGUGUAAUUACGGAAGGCGAAGGGGUUGGAGGGGCGUCAAGGAAUCACGAUAAUAGAUGCAAGGC